AUGAAGCUCUGUGAAAGAUUAACAAGAAUUGGAAGAUGGAACGUGAGGACAUUGUACCAGUGUGGCAAAUUGGCGCAGCUGCUCAAAGAAUUUGACGAGUAUUGGAUGGACACCCUGGGAAUCUGCGAAAUGCGAUGGACAGGAAAUGGACAGAUGGUCAGUGAGGGCAAGAUGAUCAUCUACUCGGGCCACGACACCGAACACGCUCGCGGUGUUGGCACCAUUAUAUCCAAAGCGGCGGCGGCGCUUAUCGGCUGGAAAAUCAUCAGUGACCGCAUCAUCUCAGCCCGACUCCAAGCAAGCCAAACGAAGAUCACCAUCAUCCAAACUUAUGCCCCGAUCGAAGAUGCCAAUGACGACGCAAAGAACGCCUUAUACUAUUUACUUCAAACAGCACCGGAUGAAAUCCCUCGACACGACUUUAUUCUGCUGAUGGGAGACUUCAACGCCAAGAUCAGCAACCAUCGAAUUGGAUUCGAACAUGUUAUUGGGCCUCAAGGAUCUGCCGAUGACGACAACGGCGAGUGGCUGCUCUCCUUCUGCUCAGCCAACAGCCUGUCAGUCGGCAACACAUACUUCAACCACAAGCUUAUCCACAAGAAAACGUGGCAGUCACCUGACGGAGAAACCUUCAACGAAAUCGACUUCAUCUGCAUUUCCAAUCGGUGGAAAUCAUCGCUACUAGACGUGCGGACUCGCAGAGGAGCAGACGUCGGCUCCGACCACUUUCUCCUUAGCGGAAAAUUUCGACUUCGGUUGAAGAAACAACAAGCAACCCCCCCGUUUGCAGUGGACAAACUCAAAGACUGAAUCACAGUGGAGAGAUUCCAAAUUGAGUUGCAAAAUUGGUUCGAAGUCCUUGCGGACGCACCAACCCUAGAAGAACGGUGGCUAGGUAUCAAGAGCGCCACCAUCAAAUGCGCUGAAGAGGUCACUGGCAGGAGAAGAGGAUCGUACAAGGAGCGAUGGAUCCAGGACCGCACAUGGAAGCUGAUCGACGAAAGGCGAAACAUCAAACACAAGCGAGAUCAGGUGAAGACGUAUCGGGACCGGAGGGAAGCAGAGGAGGCCUAUAGAACAAUGGAUCGAAAUGUGAAGAGAAGCUGCCGGAGAGACAAGCGAGAUUGAUUGGAAAAGAAGGGCCAAGAGGCGCAGGAAGCCGCUAGUAAGAACAACACAAAGACACUCUAUCGCAUUGUCCGCGACCUCACCGGAGCGAAGAGCAGUCAUGAUGCACCCAUCAAAGAAAAAAUGGCAGGCCACUGCUGA